AUGGGGUGGUGGCUCCUCCCCGUUCUGGCCCUCGCUGCUUUCCGGCCCUCCCAUCCCAAGGAAACCACCUGCGACGGAGUCUGCGGAAGGCGUCCCCUGGCGGGCAGCCAUAACCUCCGGGUUGUGGGCGGCAGCAACGUUCUCCCCGGAACGUGGCCCUGGAUGGUCAGCUUCCAACUUCUGACACAGAAUGGAUACUUCAGUACCUGUGGAGGUUUCCUGAUCAGCCCUCGAUGGGUCCUCAGUGCAGCCCACUGCUUUCAGAGACCAAAGGAAUUACCAGAGAUCAGCUUGUCGAUUGGUGCCAACCGCGUCUCCAACCCCGGCCCCGAUGCCCAGAGGCGCUCGAUCAAGAGGCUGGUGAACCACGAGCACUACGUGCACUUCUUGAACUCUACCUACAGCAAAAUACACAACGACAUUUCCUUGGUGGAGCUGAACGAGCCAGUCAACUGCACAGACUAUAUCCAGCCAGCCUGCUUGCCAGACGACAGCGUGGUGGUUUCCUUGCUCAGUCACUGCUACGUCAGCGGUUUUGGAAUCAUGGAAGUGAAAACCAAAAAAAUGCCUGAUAUCAUGCAGGAAGGUCCCGUUGACAUCAUCCCCAAGGCGAUUUGCAGCAGCCCCGAGUUCUGGUAUAACUAUAUCCUCGAGGAGAACAUCUGUGCUGGACGGUUGGAAAAAGGCAUUGCUAAUUGUCAGGGCGACAGUGGCGGCCCCCUCAUGUGCCGGGAGCAGAGGUCCGAACGCUACUGGGUGAUUGGAAUCUACAGCUGGGGACCGCCAUCCUGCGGCGAGAAAACGAAGCCGGCAGUCUACGCCUCCACACAGUUCUACCUCGACUGGAUCAGGAAGACGACCAAGGAGGACCAUUCCCAAAUCAACAAACCACCGCUAAUGGCGCGGCCCCAGGCUACGCCACGGCCGCAAGCACCUCCAAGGCCACAGACCCAACUGGAACAAAAUGGGAACAUGCCAUAUCACAGGCCCCCGAAAGCACCCUGGGCCCACGGGACUGGACGCCUCAACUCCCCCCCAGCGCCCAAUCUGGGGCCUAACGUCUCCUCCGUGGUCCGUGCGGCCGGGAAGGUGGCGUCUGAGGACAAGGGCCCCAGCUUGGCAUGGGCAGAUUUACAGGCCGUGGGUCAUGAUUCGCACACCCCCGCCACAGAACCUACGUAUGAGGUGCAGAUCCUGUUUACUGAGAUCCUCCCCUUCAGGAGUUUUGGGAGAACUCUUACCAAUGGUAAACAGGGGGUCUUUGACUUCACGCCAGGGGCUUAG